CCGAACUACCCCGCCAAAGGCUCUUAACUACCUUCUCCAACCACUCCCCCCCUCCCCCUUCUUCUUGGCGUCUCCGAAGAUUCCACCAACAGUCAAAGAUCCUCUCCUUCCUCUCUCCCUCCCUCCUUCCCGCCGAUCAGGAAAUCCUUUCUUCUUCUCUCCUCUCCUCUCCCUCUCCCUCUCCCUCUCCUCUCUCUCAGUGGCUUGUGCUUUUCGCUCGCGUUGCUUCGUUCGGGCGCAUGGUGGAAUCCUCCGCCGCUGAUUGACGACCUUCUGAAUGGCUGCUCCGGACAUGGAUUUGACCGAGGGCGUCGGGGAGAGCUCCUCGCCUCCCAGGAGCUUCGCCGUCAGCUUUGCCGGCUGCGACGAGCUCACCAACGAAGUUUACAACCGCUUGCUAGAGAGCAGGCACUCGGAGGCCGUCGGGAAUCCCGACCUCCGCGAUCUUCUCGAGUCUCACUUCAGUCGAUUGCCUCCGAGUUAUGCCCUCGAUGUUAACAUGGAUAGAGUGGAAGAUGUCCUACUACAUCAUAGGCUACUUGGUCAGGCCAAGAUCCCUGAUAAUCAACCUGUUUUCCACGUUCGUUUCUUGGAGCAUAUGGGCAUAAAGGCUGAUGGUGAUGAGGACCCACAGUUGACAGGUGUCGAUUCUAACCAGAGGCCAUCUCAUAGUGAAGAUGAUGAAGCACCUACUACUCCUGGUAAAAGGAACCGUGAUGGCGCACCUGAGUUUGAGCCUUGCUCUAAGCUGGAGGACCUGAAUUUGGAUGUUAGAAAGAACGCAGAGGAUGUGAAUAAGUUCCCAAAACGGCAAGAACUAACUGUUCCAAUCCACGAGGUGAUCUUUUCUACUGUUGACAAACCGAAGCUGCUUAGUCAGCUUUCCGCUUUACUUUCUGAUAUAGGACUCAAUAUCCGUGAAGCACAUGUAUUUUCAACCACUGAUGGAUAUUCCUUGGAUGUGUUCGUGGUGGAUGGAUGGCAAGAGGAGGACACAGAUGGUUUGAAUGAAGCUAUGGUAAAAGCAAUUGAAAGAAGUGAGGGUUCAUGGUCUGGUUCAACUCAUUCUCAAUCAGCAAUAGAAAAGGCAUUAGCAGCACGAGCCGCUGGAGACCUGGAAAUUGAUAGAAGAUUGCUGAAGAUAGGAGAAAAGAUCACAUCUGGAUCUUUUGGAGACCUGUUUCGUGGAACAUACCUUGGUCAAGAUGUAGCUAUUAAAAUUCUUAGGUCUGAGCAUAUAAAUGAAGCUCCAGCAGCAGAGUUUGCACAAGAGGUGGAGAUCUUGAGGGAAGUAGAACACAGGAACGUUGUUCGCUUCAUUGGUGCAUGUACGAAGCCUCCUCAUUUGUGCAUCGUAACAGAAUACAUGCCUGGUGGGAGUCUGUAUGAUUAUCUGCAUAAUCACCAUGAUAGCUUGAAGCUUUUUCAGUUGGUGAAGUUUGCACUUGAUAUAUCCAAAGGCAUGGAGUAUCUGCAUCAGAAUAACAUAAUACACAGGGACCUGAAGACGGCAAAUUUGCUGAUGGACAGAGAAAACGUUGUGAAAGUUGCUGAUUUUGGGGUUGCUCGAUUCCAAUCUCGAGGGGGAAUUAUGACAGCAGAGACUGGGACUUAUAGGUGGAUGGCGCCAGAGGUUAUAAACCAUCAACCUUAUGAUCAGAAGGCGGACGUUUUCAGUUUUGCCAUUGUCAUCUGGGAAUUGUUUACGGCAAAGGUUCCUUACGGUAAUAUGACUCCAUUGCAAGCGGCAUUGGGAGUACGACAGGGGUUAAGACCUGAAAUCCCUAAGAAUAUGCAUCCGAAGCUAGUGGAGUUGAUGCAGAGAUGCUGGGAGACAGAUCCCACCAACCGGCCUUCCUUCUCUGAGAUCACCGUAGAGCUCGAAAACCUACUCUGCGAAGUCCAGUCUUCAGAAGCAUCAAGUAGUGGCAGCUGAAAUAUCUCCCAAUGCAAAAUCUUCAACCCCCCGGCUCUAUGCACAGUUUACUUGGCUGAGAAUUUUUUUCGUUUUUGGUUGCUACGUGAUGCAAGUUUUGGAUUGGUCACUCGUAUAGGUAUAACAGAUACCAUGUUUUCUUAGAGAAAAAGUAACAGAGAUAGAUCUUACUGAGAUUUGUGCUUUUGUAGUGAGAUAUCGGCUUCCACGUACUGUAGAUCUAACACGAGAUGAUUUUGUAAACAUUGCGGUUGAAGCAACUGGAAUGGAAGGACAUGCUAAAGAUGAGUGCAUUUUACUGAUUGCAGUUUGGUUCA